AAUUACAGGUUACGAGAACUUAAAGUGAAAUAAACACACACUUUUAAAUAAAGGUCGUGUGCGAUGAGCGAAUGAGAUUUGAUUGCGGCGGUCGACUACUACGUCAGCGGUGCCAUCGUCAUGUACAGCGUGGUAGCGCAUCAGAAUUACGGCCGGGAACGGCGGGACAACCGACAGCAGACGCAACAGCACCAACACGGGUCGACGUCGCAACAGCACCACCACCAUCACCAUCACCACCACGGCCACCACCACAAUCAGAACCAUCAUCACGGUCAGCAAGCGGGUGGCGCAGGUCCCGACGGCUGCGGCGGUGCAGGCGGAGGCGUGGGAACCAGCGGCGGAUCUUGCGGCGACGGUUCGUCGCGGCAACAGGCUCAACACCACCAUCAUCCGGACGGCAGGAGACGGUCGCAGAGGCACCGGAAUCUGUCCAUAACCGGACGUUUCCUGAACUACAUCAAGCGCAGGUUCAACCCGGUACAAGAAGAAGAUAUUGAUGAAUUCAAUAUACACGUAUCAAGGUACAGACCAGAAGAGUUAACAAAACUCACAAAAAUUACCAAAUUCAAUAAAAAAGAAAUUCAACUAAUUUAUAGAGGUUUUAAACAGGAGUGUCCUACUGGUAUGGUAGAUGAAGAUUCGUUCAAACACAUAUUCUCACAAUUUUUUCCCCAAGGUGAUGCCUCACAAUAUGCCCAAUAUGUGUUCAAUACAAUCAAGAGAAAUCAAACUGGAAAAAUUAGUUUCGAGGAUUUUUUGGCCAUACUGUCAAAAGUUUCUCGAGGAAGUGUUCAAGAAAAACUCCACUGGAUUUUUGGCUUGUAUGAUCUCAAUAAAGACGGAGUUAUAACAAAAAAAGAAAUGCAAGACGUAGUACAUUCCAUUUAUAGCAUGCUAGGGAGACAUACUGAUCCACAAACAGAUGAUCAAUCUGCGAAAGACCACGUUGACCGAAUUUUUCAUUUAAUUGAUAAAAACAAUGACGGCAACGUAACUUUAGAUGAGUUGAUCGAAUGGUGUAGCCGGGACGAGGGAAUACUCCAGUCGCUAGACACGUUGGAUACCGUGUUGUGAAACGAGCCUCGCUCGUCCGAUGUGCGCGUGGGCACGAGAACCCGGGCGAGCUUGUUCAAUUGGUAGACAGACGAAAUAAACGCAUUGUGAUGGCUAACAAGAAAUAACUAAAUUUAAAGAGCAAAAAAAAACCACAUACAAAAUCGAAAAACUUCGCUAGACACCUGCUGCAAUGAUCAUCGACUCUUUUUGGCUUUUUAAAAAAAGAAACUUGUCAGCGUAACAUAUUAAUAAAUUUUUGUCUAAUCUUUAAAUUGUAUCACUACUUUUUAUACACACUUAUUAUAAUAUUACACAAUUAACAUUUUGGCGGACAAGACGAUAAAUAAGGAGAAUGGCACUAUCACAACUAUCUAUCUCUAUAUAGUAUACGCGUAAUAACUAAUAAUAGAACCCGUGCCUUCUCACUUGUUUAAUUAGUUGCAAAAUCUUAUAUCAUGUAUAAUAUAUAAGCAUCAUGUUUUGCUAUAAAAUUAUAAAUAAUUACGUAGAGCUGUUUUACUAUUGUUUUUAAAUUGUAAACAAAAACAGCAAAAUAUUGUGCUAUACAUAUAUACUGACGUUAGAUUUUUAACAAUGAUUGCUGCACGACCGUCAAUCGGAUAUAAUAUAUGAUGAACACGGACCGGAAGCAAUCACAUCGUUAUAAUAAUAACAAUAAUAAUAUAUUAUGCUUUGCUGCAUACUACCGCCGGAAACGCAUUUAUCUGUUAAUCCAAUACCGUGUCUAGCCAUAUUGGUGUAAUAUUAAUGUUAUAUUGUUUUUCGUGCCUAAACACAACACGUAAUUAAAUAAGACCUAUAAAUGGCUUGAAACAAAAUAUUAUUAUGUAUUUUUAUCGAUUUUUAG